AUGUGGGGCAAUCACUCUGGCGCCUUGGUCGAGGUCGACAAUGUCCUGUCCAACUCAAUGAGGACAAUCGAGAGCGUCUUGCUCAAGCGAUGCAACCUAAAGAUGAAGCCAGAGGGUACUGUUUGGACGAGACGUGGCAAAUCAGUACCAAUGCCUGCACAGUAUCGAUUCAGUCAAGCCAAGCCUACCUUUCAUCAAUGUCUCCAAUUGCUUGCAGUCAUGGUCAGGAGGGAAGAUGGACUCACAGAUCUCAUUGAAGAUGAAACUGAGAGAGCCAAUGUAGUUAGACUCUGGGAGAUGAUAUACAAGUUGGUUGUCUUGCUACUCGAUCACACCAUUGUCAUCAAGUCCUAUCAAUGGAGAGUGUUGUGUGAGAGGUUUGGCAGAUUGCUAAUCAAUAUUUACAACAUUGAACCUACCUCUUAUCUUCACAUCUUCAUACAUCAUUCUGGCGAAUAUAUGGAGCUGUACGGCUGCUUAAUGAUGUUGUGUAACAUCGCAUCUGAAGCCAAGCAUGGUUCCAACAACACAGCCAUUAAGGCAUCCAACAAACAGAGACGACCUGGACAGAUAUGCAAGCAACAGGUGACCAGGGAUAUGAUCAUGACCAAGCUCAUUGAGAUCUAUCGAAAGGAUGGAGUAGCACUUGCCAGCUAUGUGAGCCACUCGAGGAAGUUCUAUGAGGACAACUACAACAAACACAUCAAGGGCCAUAUCAACAACUACAUGGCCGACGUUGCCUUCCGAUCUACAUUUGGCCUGGAGCCUGACGACUUGUCUCAUCCACCACGCCCAACUGCCUUCAAGUUGAAUCAGAUGGUAACGGCAAUGACCAACGAAGAAGGCGACGAUUAUAAGAGCUGGUGGCCUGGUGAGGUUGUUGGCUAUGACCCUGAGAAUGUGACCUAUGACAUUCGAUUCUGGUUUGUAUUAUAG